CGCCCCUUGGCGUGAGGAUGGCUGUGGGCCAAAGGGCGAUGAUUGUCCGAGGUUGCAGGGUCCAGUCCGCAGCUCUGGGAACCGGGGUUGGAUCCGUAGCCCUUUGGGCCUUCGCCUCGGGGGUGAGGCGAGGCCUCGUGGUCCAAGGCGGCAGGCCCUGGAGCCACGGGUGCCCACGUGGCUGGCCGUGGGCAGCUGGCCCGCGCGCGGGCCGGGCGGCGAUAUGCAGGUGCUGCAGCCGCCCUCGCUGAACCCCCUGGCAGGACGCCUGGACUCCCAGCUGCCCUGCGGCGCGGUACUCUCCCCCAGCGGCGCCGCGGGGCCGAGCGGGCAGUUCGGCUCGGCGAGCAGCUGUGGCGGCAGCGCGGUGGUGCGGCUGCCCGAGCGAGGAGGCGCCGCGGCGAGACAGGCGUUCGAGAGCAUCCCCUGCGGGCAGACCGUGCAGUUCCAGGGCGGGAGCCGGGCGGUCCAGGCCGCCCCGCCUUGCAGCGGAGCCACCAGCAGCGGCGGCUGGACGCCGUCCCGGCCGGCCAGCUACGGUAGCCCUCUGCGGUCCGCGUACGAUUCGGCCAGCGUCGGCCACGCGACCAGCAUGCAAGGCCCGCCGCAGUCCCCCUUCCCCGGUAAGGAGCCACCGCAGCAGUUGCAGCCCGCCGCGACGGUGGGGGGGCCUGUGACGACAGUCCAUCGAGCCGACGUCUGCCCUUCGUGCGGGAACGUCUAUAUGCUUGAUUCCAAUUUCUGCCGCAAGUGCGGCAGGCGCAGGGACUCGAUGGCGAUCGUGGAGCACCCUCGCGAGCAAGUGGUGGAGUACCAUGAGAGGCAGGUGGGCGUGGCGGUGCAGCUCACCAAGGAGCAGAUCGUUGAGGUCCCAGAAAUCACCCAGAUUGAUUUUGCCAAGGAGGUGCCACGUCAGGAGCUGCAGCAGGUGCCGAAACCCGUGGAGAAGCCCGAGGUGCAGCUUGUCGAGAGGGUGAUCGAAGUACCGUGGGUGGAGUAUCAGGAGCGCAUCGUAGAGGUCCCUCAGGUGGAAUACCGCGAGGUCGUGAGGCAGGCUCCGAAGUACGAAGUGCGAUACAUAGACAAGCACGUCCCAAAGGCAAUCGUGGAGUACGUCGAGAAGAUCAUCGAGGUGCCCCACAUCGUGCAGCAGGAACGGGUGAUCGAAGUGCCACAAGUGGAGUAUUGCGAGGUUGUGAAGGAGGUCAAGGUGCCCGUGCCCCAUCUCGUUGGGAAGCACAUUCCCAAACCAGUGAUGAACUAUUUCGAAAAAGUAAUCGAGGAGCCAGUGGUCCUGCGGCACGAAGUGCCGGUGGAGAUUCCCCACGUGAUCCACGUGGAAACUGUGACGCAGGUGGCCAAGCCGAUGUACGAGGAUGUGAUGGUGCAGCUCCCACGGGAGCGACAGACGCCAGAAGAUCAGCGCCAGGUAGCCAACACAGAGGCCAGCGCUGCGACGAGGACUGUCGUCGGGCCGCCCCCCCAGAUUGAAGCGCACUCCGUCGCUGAGCUGCCAGCACAGGCCAUGCAGCUGCCAACAUCGGGCGCGAAUCCGCCGAAAGUCUUCGCGCAGGCGAUGGGCACGGCCGCGGUGGGCGACGACAUCUUGCCUCUCCCGCCGCCGUCGCAGCAUGCGCUCCCCGUGACAGCAUUCCAUAAUUCCAUGACAGGACCUGUCGGGCUAACCAUGGCCACGGUGCAGACAGGCGGCGUGGGCAUGGCGGGGGCCGUCGUCCCAGAUCCUUUCCAGCCGAUCCCCCUGCCGCCGUCACAGCAGGUGCUUCCGGUGACAGUAUUUCAUGACUCCAUGACAGGGCCUGCUGGGCCACCCAUGGCUGCCGGCUUCGCCGUCCCAGAGUCAUCAUUCCAGCAUAUCCCGCCGUCGCACAUGCAGGUGUUGCCGCAGACCACAGUGCAGACGGGCGGCGUUGGUACUGCCGGGGCCGUCUCACCCGACGCAUUCCAGCAGAUCCCGCCGCCGCAGCAGCCGCAGGUGCUGCCGCUGACCAGCUUGCAGACGAGAACGGGGGCCGUCGUCCCGGACGCGUUGCUGCCGCCUCCAGGGCCAGUGCCCUCGUCGUUCCAGGAGAUCCCGCCGCCGCCGCAACCAGCGGUGCUGCCGCAGACCAUCAUGCAGGGCGUCGCCAGUGCGGAUCCUGUGGGCUUACCCAUGGCGUCGAUCCAGGCGGCACCGCUCACAGGUUUGCAGUGGCAGAGGCAGUCGCAAGGCACCGGCCAGGCGGCAAUGCCCGUGACAGAGCAUUUCGCGCAGCAGUCUAUGGCCACUGGCCAUGCCGUCAUCUCCAUACAGCUGGCGCAGCUGGCGGCGGGUCGCCAGGCCACGAUUCAGACUAGCCAGCUGCCGCAACACCAAGCGCUCGCGGCUGAGUUAGCCGCGCAGACGCAGAUGCUGCAAGUCCCUGGAGGGGAAGUGCAGUCGCAGCUGCUGCCAGGUACUGCUGGCACGCAGGCCCUACGGGGCGUGACUGGGACUCUGCAGGGGUAUGGUACCCAGAUGCUGCAGGCCAGUGCCAGCACUCAAAUGUGUCAGGGCGGCAUUGAAACGCAGAUGCUGCCUGGUGACCAAGGGGCACAGGUGCUGCAGGGAUCUGCUGGGACGCAGAUGCUGCCAGGCGCCACUGGCACGCAGAUGCCUCCGGCUGCCACAGGCACGCAGAUGCUGCCAGGCUUCGCUAGCACGCAGAUGCUGCCGGGUGGCUACGGGACGCAAUUUGAGCAACCCUCUCCUUUAAGGCAGGGCUUUCCCGGCACUCAGUUGCUCCAUGGUGGCGUUGAGACGCAGAUGGUCUCGAGCGUCCACGGGAUACAGAUGUUGCAUGGAUCCCCUGGGACGCGUAUGUUGCCGGGCGCCGGGAGCACGCCGAUGCUUCCAGGGGCCGCUAGCACGCAGAUGCUGCAGGGUUCCCCCGCAACGCAGAUGUUGCAGGGCGCUUUCGGCACACAGAUGCUCCAGGGUGGCGUGGAGACGCAGAUGGUGCAGGGCGCAGCUGGAACGCAGAUGCUGCUAGACGUAACUGGCACGCAGAUGCUGCAAGGCGAUGCUAGGCUGCAGAUGCAGCCCAGCGGGGCUGAAAUGCAGAUCCUGCAUGGCGGGGCUGUCACCCAGAUAUUGCCUGACGCCUCUGGAACGCACGUGCUGCCAAGUGCCGCUAGCACGCAGAUGCUACCAGGUGGCUUCGGAACGCAGUUUGUGCAGGGCUCCGCGGGGCCCCUGUUGCAGGUCUCACCAGGGACGCAGAUGCUUCCCGCUGACGCUGAGGCGCAGAUGCUGCACGGCGCCCCUGGGACACAAAUGCUGCGAGGUGUCGGUGGGCCAGAGGUGUCUUCGCUCCAGCCCGUCGCUCCGACGCAGAUGCUGGACGUGACCCAGCAGGAAGUAUCCCAGCAGGAUCUUCCCGCUCAGGCGCCGAGGGAUCGCGGCUUCCUCGAGGGGCUCUUCGAUGACCUCGCCAGGGCUUGACGCCGCUAAGCGGCUGGGGCCCUCGCUGGGUGCGCCGAGGGAUGGCCGAGAUUAUCCGAGCCGGCUCCUCGCGGGAGCGCAGGCAGAUGACUGAUCGUUGUCGGGGAUCAUCGUAGGUCUGUCUUCGGUGCGAUGCGGCCAAUGCUCGCGAGAGGCGAUAGGCAGAGUUGAGUGCACUCGGCGUCCAAAAGUGUAAAACCUAUUUCGCUUCGGCUGAGAGUGCGCGCGGCAUGUCCGCCAGCAUGGCCAGCAUCCCUGCAGUAUGCCAAAGGCCAACACCUCUGAGUGAACGGCCGCACCAACUACAAAUGCCGCUGGGAGACUCGACCACAACCACAC